UGGUUUAAAUAUAAUAAUCAGUGAUUUUAUCAUAACAAUUUAAUUGAAAAAUCCUAGAAAGGGAAAAUUGUUCCGUUCAUCACUUGUAAUGUGUACAGUACAUGGGGCUACAUAGAUUCGUAUAUAUUGAUUCGUUCGUUAUUACAGUCAUAGAACUUUAAAACAUAGAUAUGAUAUUGUAAUAUAACGUAAUUUAUUAAAGGAAAAUUGCAUCGAAAAUAUUUCUUUGUUAGCUAAUUAUAGUCGAUGGUAAUGCAAUUUAAGUGUUUGGUGUGUGUUCACGUAACCUCUUAGAUAAAAAUUUUAGAUAAAAAAAGUAAUGGCAUUUUAAUUAGAUAUUUUAUAACAAAAACAAUAAGCAUCGAAGUACAUAACUGAAAAAAUGGACCAGGCAGCUCACAUGAAUAGCAUAAGCAAAGCAUGCAAUGAAUUUAAGAAGCAAUACGAUUCCUGCUUUCAUGUGUGGUUUUCUGAGAAAUUCCUGGAAGGUUUUCUACAACUUGGUGAUCUAUAGAAUUUAUCAUGGAGAUGUGCAGUGAGCUAAAGAAAAAUUAUGAUGCCUGUUUCAAUAAAUGGUUUGCUGAAAAAUUUUUAAAAGGAGAUACAAAUGAUUCAAUGUGUGCUUCUUUUCUCAAAAUAUAUAAAGCUUGUGUUAUGGAAGCUAUGAAGGAACAAAACAUUGAAUUGAAAGAAAUUGAAGAAAAUCAUUUAGGAACUGAAAAAGAAAAAAGACAGCCAAGUUGACAAUAGGACAAUUGUAAAUCUAUAUAUUAAUUUUCAAAUAAAUUAACUCUUACAACAAUGAAA